AUGGUUCUGCUCUCACGGGUGGAGUGUGCACAGUGGUACAACCAGGAUAUCAAACAAGCCAAAAACUCAUCUGACCAUUCAGCCGUGGUCGCCAUCGAGUCUCAGAAUGAUGUGUCCUCUGAGUGCAGUAAUGUCGACAUCAUACGCCAUCUAAAUAUGACCGACAAAGUCAAGUACUUCAUGACGCGGCCCGCUAAAAACUACAUUAACCCCACUAACGUGACCCUGGAUGUUCAUCUAUAUGCCAUUCUGGAUUUGUUAUGGGACAAUCCCUUCAUCUCCUGGAGAACAGAAGACUUCUGUGAUAAUCCUUUUGUUUAUUUUCCGUCUGAACUUUUGUGGAAACCGGAUAUAACCAUUGAGGAGAUGACAGAAAAAGAUAAAGCUUCUCAGACUCCUUUCCUCGCUCUACGUCAUGAUGGUACCGUGUUCCUGAGGAAUGGCAUGGUUCUGGUCAGCACCUGCAGGAUGCAGUUCUACAGAUUUCCCUUUGACAUUCAAAGAUGCUCACUGACCUUCAAGUCCAUUACAAUGUUGGCGGAGGAUUUAAAGCUUUCUGCAUCUGAAGAAAAUCUGAACUCUGAUUCUGAUGAAGACGUGCAGUCUGAGUGGAUUCUUAUGAACAUCACAGUGAGAAGUGAAGAGGUUGAAAAAUAUGGCAUCAACUCCAGCGUGGUUGUUUACACUAUCACCAUGAGGAGGCGUUCAGUCCUCUAUGCAUUCAACUUCCUCCUCCCCAUCCUGUUCUUCCUGGGCCUGGACUUGGCCUCUUUCCUGAUCUUGGACAGUGGGGGGGAGAAGCUCAGCUUUAAGGUCACCGUGCUGCUGGCUGUCACUGUGAUGCAGCUGAUCCUGAAUGAAAUCCUGCCCUCCUCUUCAGACCGGAUUCCUCUGAUAGUGGUCUAUUGUACUGGGAUUUUUGGACUGAUGAUGAUGAGCCUGGUGGAGACCAUAGUGGUGAUGUAUCUGAUGCAGAAAGACUCUGUGCAACAAGUCAGAGAGGAAGAGAAAGACCAAGACCUGGAUGUGGAUGGCCGGGCUAAGCCAGGAAAAGUUCACAGCUGCUUUAAAGGGAUGACUAAAUCAGUACAGUGUCCGUGUUUCCUUGAUGUGUCCCCUGCUGAGACUCCUCCUGCACUGCUGCCUCUGGGCAGCAGCAGCCAGCUGACGCAGGAGUCACAUGACCUCCAACAGGUAUCUGAGGAGCUGAAGGAGGUGAUGAAAAUGAUGACGUUGAUACUGAACAACAGGAAGAAGGAAGAGAAGCCCGGCUACUGGACCAGAAAGAGAACAACUAGUGCUCAGAGCUGGAAGAACCUGGAGUAA